GUGGGGAAUGGCCUCAAGGGCGACUGGAAGAACUCUCCGGAGGCCUUCUCAACGUUCAUCUUCAACGGGAAGAAUAUCGUACUUCACUUGAAGAACACGGCCGUGCCAGGCUUGACCAUGGGCAGGACCGGCUGUGGUGCACGUCGGCAAGUGGCCUUUCUCUGGCCUCGGUCCGGCCGCCACGAUGGGAUUGUGGACGGGCGCCUUCUCUUUGCUGUACUACAUGGCAAUCAUUAUCACCAUCUGCACUGCGGCCCUGUACCAAUGGGCGCUCAUCGGCUGCACGUUCUACAUCGGCUUCGGUACCUUCGUUGGCCUGCUUCGCAACCACAUGCGCGUGAAGCACUUCAUUCGAGAGCACGGCGACAUCGCCACGGACCUCCUCUGCGGCAUCUUCGCGCCCAUGUUCACCCUCUCCCAGAUCGAGGAGGGCGCAGUUCACGGUGCCGAUCGAGAACAAGAAGAAGAACGACGACCUGGAGGUGAAGGAGGACACCAACGACACCAUCUGAGCCACCGGGGCGGACAGGGUGGCGCUGGGGCGACCGGCCCCGGAAGGAGGGGGAGGAGGGGGGAAGAGCAGGGGAGCGGGUGUGAUGUUGAGCGCGCGAGUUUUUGGGUCCGUGUCCCGCUGUCGCAAGCUUUUUGCGACGCUCCGCCUGCGCCUUGCUCGCUGGGUCGCCUGCGGGGCUGCAGGGGGAACCCCUGCUUGCAAACAGAAGGGAAUCAUUGAUAAUCGAGAGGGCUUCGAUUGCAGAGCAGGCUGGGGAGACUUUUUAAUGGCACGGCACCCCCAGCCUAGAACCCGCUGUGGCUGUGUGCCACCAAAGCUGGGUGUUGUACAUACGAUCUUCUCCACAGCGGUGCGCGUGACGCCCAAUCUGGGGAUCUAGCAGGGUGCUUAUCCUCCAACCCUCCUCCCCCUCCCACCUCCGCUCCACCAGAGAAGGUGGGUGCCCUGUCUAGGCCCCUCGCCGUACUCUACGUAUACCGGUGCGUGCGAGCGCUGCGCGGCUGCGGCUUCCGCAACCAUCUCGGCGGUCUUCCCUGGG